AGUUUUCGCGCACAGUCCCCGACACCGCUACAAUGCGAUUUGCAGUAGCGUUUUUGAUAGUCACUUUAUGUGUUUUUUACGUAGUUAAAGCAGAACGACACCGGGCACCGGAAGCGGGGUAUGGAAGAGAUGUCACCACUAGUGGUCCUACUAGGAAACGAUGGCUCGACAAAAUUGUCCCAGCGAUUGCGGAGAGGAUAAAAAAAUUAACCACCACUACGACGACAACUACUAAAAAACCUGCUAAAACUACUAAGCCAAAACCAACAAAGAAAACCACGACGAUGAGAACAACGAAGGCCCCAAAAACUACUACCAUGAAGUCUACUAAAACAACAACGUUUAAAACGACGACUCUCGCUAGAACGAUGCCUGUUACUACAACAGUUCGUACCACUACUAUUGCUCCAACUACUACCAAACCAACCGUAACUGUACCAACUACUACAACAUUCGCUCCAACUACUACGAUGGUUCCGACAACUUCUAAAACCACAAUGGCGUCAACCACAACCACUCUACCGCCGACAACCACAACAACAUCAACUACUACAGCAAAGCCUUCAACAAUUUCUACUACUAUUCCUACUACAACUGCAACGAUACCUUCGACUACAGUAUCUCCUUCCACUACAACUAAGACUACUGUUGCUCCAUCGACAACGGCACAGACUACUACAGUACUUCCUUCGACCACAACUUCCACUACUCCUGCUCCAACGACUACCACGCCAACUACUACUACAGUUCCUUCAACCACUGCUCCUGCUUCAACGACAACGACAAAACCUACUACUACAGUUCCUUCCACCACUACUACCACUACUCUUGCUCCAACGACAACAACACAACCUACUACAACUACGGUUCCAUCUACUACUACUACAACAACAACAAUUACUACUACUACUCCUGCUCCAACGACUACAACGCAAACUACUACUACAGUUUCUUCAACCACUACUCCUGCUCCAACGACAACAACACAGCCUUCUACUACAGUUCCUUCUACCACGACUACCACCACUACUGCUCCAACGACAACAACACAAACCAUUACAACAACUCCCAAACCCACUACCACUACUACGGUGGCACCCACUACUACAGUUGUACCCACUACUACUACUACUGCAGCUCCUCCUACUACAACAACACCUGUGACGACUAUUACAACUAUACGACCGUCCACGAUUGUACCAACAACUCCACAAGCUACUACAACAACCACUACUGCUGCUACUACAACGGUGAAAACAACGCCAAUUGUUUUCUUCCCGACCCACGGAGCAGGCAAUGGUAACGGUGGAGGUAACGGCAACGGUAAUAGAGGAGGUAACGGCAACGGUGAUAGAGGAGGUAACGACAAUGGACGCGGUAAAGGUAAAUGGUAAAUGGAAAUGGUAAUGCGAGCGGUAGAAUUGAAUAAUCUCUAUAAUCUAGCAUUGGAUGUAGAAUAUUUAGUUGUUUGAAAAAUAAACAUCAAACACGAGCAAAUACAACGAUGUCAGGGAAGUAAAGCUCUCUUCAAAAAGAAGGAAAUGGCUCCCUGCUCCUUUGGUUGAGUACAAUAAAUGAUCAUUCAACAUUU